GGAGGAGGGAAAAAAAAAUAUGCACAAGACAAACAAGAGAGAGUUAAAAAACUGAGGCAGCAAACCUGCACCUUUAAAGUUCCAUCAUCACCUCUGAGGAUCCUCCCACUUAACCUCCUGUCAGCUGGACUUACAGAAACCUUUGACACCAGGCUCCGCCUCCUGCAGCCAGCAUGCCAAUCAUCAGCAAUGCCAACCAUGACUUCAGCACAUACUCUGUCAGUAGCGAUGACAGCAGCCUCGACCGCUUCUUCACUGAGAUCCCGGAAACUGAGACCAUCAAGGGUGCUUACUUCCAGCGAGCCCAGCUUCUCCGUGACCCAAAGGCCUCAUAUGUGAUCGACCACACCCUACAGGUCCUCGUCAAUGUCGGGGGCAACCGCUACACCUUUCCCUGGAGCACCUUGGAGCAGUUCCCCCAGAGUCGACUGGGGCGCCUUCGCUUCUGCACAACUCCCGAGGAGAUUGCGCGACUCUGCGAUGACUACGACGAGACGUGCCAGGAGUUCUUCUUCGACCGAAACCCGACAGCCUUCAGGGUCAUCCUCAACUUCCUGGCUGCAGGCAAACUGCGCCUGCUUAGGGAACUGUGUGCCGUGUCACUACAUGACGAGCUUGCCUACUGGGGUGUGGACCCGGGUCAUAUGGAGCGGUGUUGCCGUCGCCGUAUGAUCACGCGCGUAGAGGACGUGACCGAGAGAGAGCGUAAGGAAGAGGAGUGGAGGCAGAAGAGGCUGAUGCUGAAGAAAAGCAGCACAGAGGCUGAGAGGGGCUACCGCAGACUGGUGGGGGUUCUGAGGGAAGUGGUGGAGAACCCUCACUCAGGUUUGGCUGGGAAGCUGUUCGCCUGCCUCUCUGUUACCAUGGUGCUGAUCACCGUCAUCAGUCUGUGCAUCAGCACCAUGCCAGAUCUCAGAGCUGAAGAGACCAGGGGCGAGUGCUCCCAAAAGUGUUACAGCAUGUUUGUGGUGGAGUCCAUAUGUGUGGCUUGGUUCACGUUGGAGUUCUUGCUGCGCUUUGUCAACGCCCAGAGCAAGUUGGCCUUCGUUCGAGAGCCUCUCAACGUCAUCGAUGCCAUCGCCAUCCUGCCGUACUACGUGUCCCUGGUCAUUGAUGUCAGAGAUCAGUCCCAGGAGGACGUCGUCUUGGGGGCCGGCAGAGGCUAUCUGGACAAACUGAGUCUGAUCCUGCGCUUGCUGCGGGCUCUGCGGAUCCUGUACGUGAUGCGGCUCGCUCGCCACUCCUUGGGCCUGCAGACGUUGGGGCUGACCAUGAAGCGCAGCAUAAGGGAGUUUGGUCUUCUUCUACUGUUUGUCUGCGUCGCUGUCACCCUCUUCUCACCUCUAGUCCACCUGGCGGAGAGUGAACUGGCGCCGUUUGCCGCCACGCACCCCCACCACAGUUUCAGCAGCAUCCCAGCCUCUUACUGGUGGGCCAUCAUCUCUAUGACCACAGUGGGCUACGGGGACAUGGUGCCGCGGAGCAUCCCCGGGCAGAUAGUGGCACUGACCAGCAUCCUGAGUGGCAUCCUUAUCAUGGCGUUUCCCGCCACCUCCAUCUUCCACACCUUCUCCCGCUCCUACCAGGAGCUGAAACAGGAGUACAAGCGACUGUGGAAGGAGGAGAGAGAUGAGGAUACAGCCGCGGAGUCGGAGCAGAGUUGGUCCAAGGUUAAUUUGUCACCGGAUGAGCUCACGUCUCUGUCCAAGGAGGAGAGUGACGUGCUGAUGUCAAACAAAAGUCAUCCGUCCACACUUCCAUCGACAGCUUUCUGACUGACCAGGAAGUGAGCAAGCACAUUUAUUCAGUGACACGUUAAAAUGACGACAUUCAUUUUAUUCUGUCCCUCUCAUAGACAUCUCCUUUAGGAAUAGUACCAAACAGUUCCUUUUCGGCACCCUUCCCUUUGGGGUCCCAGAGUAAAAUGGUAGGGUACAGUCUCUGGUUCCACCCACGACAGUCAGCUGAUUGGGCGACAGACAAGCGUCACUCCCCAGUCUGUUCUCAUACGAAGGUUGACCCACAAAACCAAGCAGGAAAAAAAGAGCCGCUGGUCGUCCUCCAUUGUUGUCCGUUGUGAUGUGUUCGAUGUUGUUGUUGUUGUUGUUGUUGUUGUUCAUUGUUGUUGUUGCACCGGUACGACGUCACACUGCGUAUCUCGCUGACACGGCCACAUCGGCAAAGUAAGCAAGCCUGACCCAUAACAUUCCGAACUAGAGCUGCAACUAACGAUUAUUUUCAUCAUCGAUUAAUCUGUCGAUUAUUUUCGCGAUUAAUCGAUUAAUCGUUUGGUGUUCAGAAUAUCAGAAAACCUUAAGAAAUCUAUUGCCGCUUUUCCACUACAUGGUCCCGGCACGAAUCAAUUCGCCUUGUCACGGCACUUCUUUUUUUUUUGCUUUUCCAUUAGCGAUAGUACCUGGUACGUGGUAGUUUUCUCAGUACCUGCUCUGGCAAGGUUCCAAGCGAGCCGAGCCGAUACUGUGUGUGA